UUAGAAAAAUGUUUCACUACACACACAUAAGCAUGAGAGCAAUUGCUUGUUCCUGCUCAUUUGGGUUUAUCAAAAUCAAAAUCAAACACUAUUCAAUCCCCAUCUACAAACCCUAGAAUUUACUCUCCAAUUCUUCCAAUCAUCCAUUUCUAGGUUUUCCUAUUUCUAAUUUGGCUGGUUACAUAAAUAUGAUAUUUCCAUAAGAAAGUAAUUAAGUUGCAGAAGAAGUGAAGAUGUUUAGUCAAGGGAGUUAUAAUUCUCAAUCUGGACAGGGUCCUCAGAAACCUCGGUUGCCGCCUCCUCCUCCGUAUUUACACCCGCAUUCGCGGCCUCCACCUCCUCCUCCGGCUUUCCAACAAGGUCCUUUACUACCAUUGCCUCAACUCCCACCUGGCCCUGGUCAGCCGGGAUUUCCCAUAUAUCAGCGUCCUCCGCCUGCCCCGCAUUUUGGGGUUGGCCAAAUUCCUGCUUCCAGUGGGAUCCGAAGCCCUGGUCAGCCUUAUUUGCAUCGGCCGCCUACUGCUCAUGGAUCUGCUCCUUUGCCUCAUAUGUAUAUAAAUGCACAACAAAAUCCACAGCUUUCUCAUUUGAUACCUGGUCCUCCUAGAAGUUUGCCUCUUGCUCCUCCACAAGGUCAGAUGUUGUAUAGACAUCCAAUUAAUCAGCCGCCUAGGGAGCCAGGUGCUAUGCAGGGUUUGCAGCAAAUUCCGCCACUUCCACCUCCACCUCCACCUCCAAUGCCGACUUCUGGUUUUCCAACUUCCGCGCUGCCUGGAAGUACAAUAGAGUCAACUAUUGGGAACUCCCACAUGUCAUCCAUAGCUUUGCUGCCACCGCUACCUCCACCACCCCUGCCUCCACCGCCGUUACCUCCAUCCCCACCUCCAUAUCCUUCAAUACCUUCCAUUCUACCUUCUUCGCCUACCGUUUCUGGCAGAAAAUCAGGUUCUCCUCCACCUAAGCCAGCAGAAGAAACUGUUCAGAAGAUUGAAGAGUUGUGCCAACUUAUUGCUAAGAAUGGUUCUUCUUACGAGGAUAUGGUUCGUCAACAGGAAACCAAGAAUCCAUCUUUCAAAUUCUUGUUUGGAGGUGAGCUAGGUAGUGAAGCUGCUGUUGGGCACGAGUAUUUUUUAUGGAUGAAGAAGAAAUAUGAACUGGAAGGAGUUGUGUUUGCAAUGCCAACAAACCCAAUGGUAGUUGCUACUGUGUCUCAAUCACUUACUGAUUAUGACAUGGAAAUGGAAGAUGAUAUCACUGGGUCUGACAUUGACCAGGCAGUGAAUCAGCCUUUUGAAGCAUCAACUCAAGGUAGUAUUCCAAAAAGCAGCAAGGAUGCUGAAAAAAAGUUAAAUACGCCGCCAGCUAUAGUAGAAACCGAUGCAGCCACAGUGUUUUUAUCUGAUAAAGAGUUAAUCUCUGACUCCCUAAGACUGGAUGAGCAAGGGCAAAAAUUGGUCUCCAAUUGUGAUAACUUGAAUUUUGGGACGCUAGUGUCCAAAGUUCAGACCCUAGUUACUGAUUCAGCUCAAGCUACUCAACAUCCCUUUGUCGAUGACAGAGAUAUUUCUGCUGCAACCCUUGGUGAUGAUAAAAGUUCAUCUAGAGCUGCUGAGGCUGUUGAAGCCAUCAGUUCUAACAAAUAUCCUGGUGAACUUAUGAUUGGCAGUAGCCCAUUCAAACUUUUGCAAGAUUAUGCUUCUAAUGACAGCUCGGAAAAUGAUGAGGGUUCAUGUUUAAAAGAUGCCAACUCUGAAAUAGUUUCUCAAUUAGUUGCUGUGAGCACUAAAUAUAUUGAUACUAAGCAAAACCAAUUAUCUACCAACCAUGCUGUUGAUUCCAAGAGUUUACCUAAAGAAGAUGCCUAUGGAGGUGUAGGGAAUAUUGCUCAAAGUGGUACAUAUGAGAAUAAGAAUGAAGAUAAAACUGCAAAAUUUACUUCAAAUACACAGAAGAUAGAUGAGUUUGGAAGAUUGGUUAGAAAAGGUGGUAGUGGUAGCGACUCUGAUGAUUCACGACAUGAUAGGAGGCGUAGCAAAAGAAGGAGAAGCAGGAGUCGGAGUCGGAGUCUGUCACCUAUAGAUAGGAGAAGAAGGAGGAGAAGUCGUCAUAGGAGAAGAGGAAAUAGAAGUAGAUCUCGCAGCUGGUCUCCUAGGAAUCGAAGAAGUAGGAGCAGGUCCCCAAGGAGCCGGAUAAGUAAGAGCAGGUCUCCCAGGAAUCGAAGUAGGAGCAGGUCUCCCUCCUUUAGGCAUGCAAGGGAGCUAGUUAGUGGCAGUAUGAGACGGGACAAAGGUCAGACGCAAGCUUGUUUCGAUUUUAGCCGGGGUAAGUGCUACCGUGGGGCAUCCUGUCGCUAUGUGCACCAUAAUUCCGAGAAAAAUGAUAAACCAAGGCAUCAUAGGAGCAAGCAGCAAUAUAUGGAACUUCAUCCUAAAUCAAAGAAUGAUAAUACACGUGAAGGUAGCAAGAAAAGCUCACUAAGAGUAUCAGAUCAUGACCAGGAAAUCAUGAACCAGGAAGGGCAACACAACCGUGAUAUUCGAGCUAGCAGUAUUCCUGCUGCAAAAGCUGACAUAGUUAUGUGUAACAGAAGAGAUACUCUUAACAAUGCAUCAGUUGAUACUGACAGAAUUAACUCUGGCAGCAUAAGAGAGGCUGCUGCUGAAAUUCUAGAAACUAAAGUACUUCAAGCAAGGUCAGAAAAUGCUCCUAUUUGUAUGGAUGAGAAUUUUCCGGAGUCGGUUAAAUCUGACCUGCCAAUGGUUGUUGGUAGUUUUCCUUCUACACUUGCCAUUGAUACUAAAAUUCUGGAAUCCCAUGGUGAGGCAUCUAAGGUUGCAUUUUCUUCGAUGAAGGAAACUAUGGUCCAGCAAUCUGAUCCCGUAUCAUCACAUCCAGUGCUUGAAGAUGCCGAUCAUGCUGAACAAACUGAUGAUUCUUCCAUCUCUCACUCAUCACCUGAUAAAGUAUAUACAACUUCUCCAAAGAAGCUUCCUAGUAGCAAAGCUCUUCAUACUUCAACAGAUUCCUUACAUUAUCCUCCUCAUAUCCCCUCCUUUCCUCAUUCUACCCUAAAUUCAGAGGAGCAUAUCACUAUGCCUGUGGCACAGCUGUCAAGGGAUUAUAAUUCCAUGCCGCAGAAAGUAGCAUCUCAAUCUGAAACUGCUGCUUUGGAAAGUUAUCCUUCUUAUAUGUUGCCCAAUCAAAGUUCUCUUUUUCCAGUAGCUUUGAAUUCUUUUUCUGUCUCAUUGCCGCCACGUCCAGCAAUAUUGCCACCCCAAGUCCCGACCAUAGAUGGAAAAGUUGAACAGCUAGGUGUCUCUUUGCAAUUUCAACCGAGUUGCUUGCCUCCAAGGAGUGAAUUCAAUUCCCAGAGGUUCCUAAGGCCACCCUACUUAACUGAGUUGUCUAACAAUUCUCAGGUUGGUGAGUUUCAGCCUCCAGCCAACCCUCCGCUGCAAGAACUACAUCGAUCUCUAUUACAUGCAGAAGAUUCUAGGUUCAAGACUCUACCUGGAAGCAACCCAUCCUGUCAACAAUUUGUUAAUAUUGGUACUUCUGUAGAUCAUUUAAAACAACUUCCUAUACAGGGUUUAAGUUCUUUAAGUACUUUGGGUUCCUUUACACGGAGCAACAAUUACCCUCAGUCUAUGUCCUUUUCACAGGAAUUACCUGCAAUGAGAAUGCAGUCCUUCCCUGGUGAAAGUUUACUUCCAGGAGGGAUUUUGAAUUCUUCUUCUCAGAUUCUUCCAUAUUUGCAGCAGCAACAGCCAUCAAGUGAUUUACAUCAUUCUGUUUCUGAUAACUUCCAUGGAUUGCCUGGAAAAGUUAGCUCUUCAUCUAGAUACCCACCAGACCAUCAAGAGAUAAACCAAUCUGUUCAUCUGCCUGACUUUGGAGUACCAAGAAGUUCAACUCACUUUAAUCCUUUUGCAUCUACUUUUGAUAAGCCGUUCAGUUCCAGAUUCAGUUCUGGUUUCUUCAGUCAGGAAAAAGAGACAACCUAUGGUGGCAAGCAUGAUCAUCCUUUUAGUUUGAGCCAUGCUUCAGCUGAUGCGCAAGGUGUUGGAUCAAGACAGGUAAUGUCUUCGCCAGUGUCUGCUAAAGGACUUGCGAAGGUUAUUCCUGGGUCAGGUGGAGACCAGUAUGAUCCACUCUUUGAUAGCAUUGAACCAUCAUCAAACUCGUGCAAAAAAUCUGAUAAUAUUCAGAAAUGGGAAUCCUUCGGUGAUGCUAAUAUCAUGUCGAGGCCCGAAGGUUCAAACCAGACACUGGAUGUGGAAGAGAACAAUCAGAAGAAAGAGGUUGGUGGCAUCACUCUUGCUUCAUCUCUUGAUAAAGAGGACUUUGGCGAGACAGCAGAUGCAGAAGUUGGUGAUGUCGAAAAUGGUAGCCAGUCUAGUUCUGAUGCAUUAGAGGAUACAAAUAUUGGUGACAUGGAGAUUGACCAGAUCAAGUCCACAGGGAAGAGCGGGAAUGACAAGGAGUCACGAUCAACGAAACUUUUCAAGGCUUGCCUUGCAGAUUUUGUAAAGGAGGUUUUAAAGCCAUCAUGGAGACAAGGUAACAUGAGCAAGGAGAUAUUCAAGACUGUUGUCAAGAAGACUGUUGAUAAGGUGGCAGGAGCUAUGUCGAGGCGCCGCAUACCCAAGUCUAAGCCAAAGAUAAAUCAGUACAUCAACUCAUCAGAGAGGAAAUUAACUAAACUAGUGAUGGGCUAUGUAGAUAAGUAUGCUAAAGGGUAGAAGUUGGCAUCAUUAAUUACGAUUUUGGUCGAGUUUUGCUGUGAUGACCACCUUUGUGGCUUCUGCGCAUUGGAGCUUUGGAAAUUGGUUGAAUGUAUUGCAAACUGCUGACUUGUGAGGGUAGACGAUAAAGUAACAGCGGCAGAUUGCUCGGUCUUGAUGAAGCUUGCAUAUUCUUUGCACAAGAAUAUAAAAAAGUUCAACGAGAUGAAUUUUCCAACAGCCUAUUUUCCGACCUCAGCAAAGUUCUGAGGAAGCUCGAAAAUAUGUAUGUAAUUUGCUACCUUGAAUAAUGAUAUGGUGCUUUUAUUUUAUCCGUAGCUAGCUAAUCUGUUAAGUGCAGUAAGCCCCUUGUAAAUUGCCUGAUGUUAAUGGAUAAAGUAGAUUUUUGAAAUUUAA